AUGAAUCUACCAAGCCUCGUCCACCCUUCGCACUCACAGCACCAGACCCACUUCUCACCAAUGCCAGGCCACGGACACCGCCCAGAGCACUCGAUGCUGAGCUCACAACAUGGCCACCACCACCACAACCACCAGCAGCACUACUCGCAUCACGAAUACCACUCGCACCCCCCAGCGCCGCCUCCAUCGCCGCCAGUGGAAGACAACUCAAAGUGCUCACUACCAUCAAUUUCAACAUUGCUUGUAUAUGCCGACUGUGGACCUGCGAAUAGCAAUGGAACUGGACAACAACCCAGCCAGUCGCACUCGCCAUCCCAAUACCACAGCCAGCCCUCACCGCAUUCCAUCACGCGAGUAACACUCCCACCUACGCCUCCAAUGCGCCCCGACUCUGUCUUUGAGGGCAGCACAAACUCGCCCACUCUGCCCGCCCAGACCCCAUCAUAUUUCUACUCGCCCAGCUCCAGCCACCGCAACAGCUACCCUCCCGUGCAGCAGAAGUCACCCGUCUACUCGUCGCCCGAGUCGCCGUAUCCCCCGCCGCACCAGUCCUCAUACUAUCCACCUCCACCACCGCCGCCGCCAUCGCAGCAGCAGCAGCAACAGCAGCAGUCGGCGUCUUCGCCGUCAAUGGGGUAUGGCAAGAGCCUGCCGCCGCACCCGCACAUAAUCCCCGUCUCGGUGGCACCGCCGUCAGCGUCGAAUCCGUGGCACCACCACCACCACUCGUCGCCGGCGUCGCAUGCCGCUUUCCCCCAGAGCCAAGACCGAUACAUCUGCCAGACAUGCAACAAGGCCUUCUCAAGGCCGAGCAGUCUGAGGAUACACAGCCACAGCCACACGGGCGAGAAGCCGUUCAAGUGCCCGCAUCAUGGGUGCGGCAAGGCGUUCAGUGUACGGAGUAAUAUGAAACGUCAUGAAAGGGGUUGCCACCAAUAG